AUGGCUUCAUACACACUAGAAGUCGAACAUAUCAUCCCCGCCCCGCCGGAGCGAGUAUUCCAGGUCUGGCUCGAUGGCAACGACCGUCGUGGGCCAUGGGUGGGAACCGGCGACCGUACAAUUGACCCCCAGGUCGGCGGCAAGUUCGAGUGGUACGAUCAAGACUUUUACGACAUGGGCGGUGGCGGCGGAUGCUGGGGCCACUGGGGCAAAUUCACCAAUAUCGAUAAAUCCAAAUGCCCGUAUGUGAUUGAAUAUACAUGGAUGUCGCCAGAAUGGACGGAUGAGCAAACUACGGUUGUCCGUGUUGAACUCGACAAAUCGCCAUAUGAGGAGAACCAUACCAAGGUCAAGCUUUCUCAAUCGAAUCUGCCAGAUAACUAUCACGGAUGGGAGCACAAGAAUGCGUGGAUCCGGAUCCUGGGAGAGAUGAGCGCUCGGUUCUUGGGAAACGCCGGAGAAAAUGACCGAACAGCAACCGGCGAAAAAUGGUGGGGGAACAGGAAAUAG